GCGCUGCGCGUCGCGGAGCUUCGAGCCGCCGGUCCGGCACGUCGCGUCUCGUCACGCCGCGUCACUGCGUCACUGCGUCACUCGGAGUGACACCGGGCCCACCCCCACCGGGGACACCGGCAAUCAGCUGCUCCGAUGUGAGCGGCGGCCUGCCGUCCCGACCAACUGUGCAGCGCCGCCGAGGAGACCAGCAAGAAGAAGUGGGAGGAGGAAUUCCCCGACGACGUCCUCAUUGUGCACCUGCCGCCGCGCCGCCGCGCCGCAGACGCUUUAAAAAGGGAUCGGCCGAUACCAGGACGUCGACGCGCCGCCACGCUCCGCCAAUGCCUCAAUAAUCAACCAGUGAACCGCGAGACGGCGCGAGCCGCGUGAUCGCCAACAGUGCAGUGCCGUGCCUGGCCGUGCCGCGAGUGCAGUGUGGUGACGACAUGAAGUGCGCCGUGCUGCUGGUGGUGGCGCUCGCCGCCCUGGGCGGCCACGCCGUCCCCGCCGACGUCCCGGACAAGCACGGCGUGGCGGUGGACGCGGCCGCCUGCGCCGACGUGCACGGAUACUUCGCGGCCAGGAACCUGUCAACGGCCGUCCCGGAAUCACCGGUUGAUGGUGCGGCGCUGCAGGUGUGCGGCGCGUCGCGGAGCUGCUGCACUGUCGCCAUGGAGGACGCCCUGCGCAGCCAGGUGCACCGGGACUUCGCCGCCCUCGUGCACCACAACUCCAAGGCCACCCAGGACGUGCUGGCCACCGCGUCCGCCAGCCUCAGGGACCACCUGGUGCGGCUGGCGCGCUGGUCCGAGGGCAAGACGCUGACGCUGUUCGCGCAGGUGUACAAGCGCAUGGCGCUGCUGGCGAACGAGCCCAUCCACUCGCUGUACGCCGACAUCGUGCGCUACCUGGACACGCCGGCCCCGCAGCAGGCCGCGCAGGGCGCCGCGGAGGCGGCCUGGCUGUCGUCGCCGCCGCAGGGGCUCUCCAUGACGGACUCCGUCAACAGGUUCUUCGCCAAGCUGUUCCCGCUCACCUUCCACACGGCGGCGCAGCCGAUGAAGCGGGGCGGCGCGCCGCAGCGGCAGCUGGAGGCGACGUACGAGCAGUGCCUGUCGUCCAGGAUGGCCGAGGUGCAGCCCUUCGGCGAGGCGCCGCGCGCCUUGGCACACAGCCUGAGCCGCGCCCUGGAGGCGGCCAGGGUGCUGCUGGGCGUGCUCAGCAUCGGCGCCGACGUGCUCAACGCCACGGACUCCAUGCUCAUCGACGACCCGGCCUCAGGCUCGGCGUGCCCGGCGGUGCUGCUGCGACUGUGGGCGUGCCCGCGGUGCGCGGGGCUCGGCGAGGCGGUGCGCCCGUGCCAGGGCUACUGCCUCAACGUGCUGCGGGGCUGCGUGACGGAGCGCACCUCGGACCUGGACGAGCCCUGGGCCUCGUUCGUGGAGGCCGCCGCCAAGCUGGCCGGCUCGGCGGCCGCGGCGCCGCCGUUCCCCGGCAGGCCGAGGGACACCGCGCGCGCCGCGCCGUACCAGCUCAACGCGGAGGAGGCCAUCCGCCAGAUGGAGAACAAGAUCUCGGAGGCCAUCAUGUUCGCCAUGGAGCACGGCCCCGCCGUCGAACGGAAGAUGAAGUCGGCUUGCGGGCCGCCCAAGUGGGUGGAGGUGGCCGCCGACGCGGUGCCUUCGACGACGCCGUGGCCCUGGUGGGGCCGCAACCCGUACCCACUGGCUGACGACGUGCUUGGCGUCGGCGGCGAGGGUCCGCUCGGGUCGCCGGCGUCGCCCGCCUCCGCCGUGCACUUCGCCAAGACGCUGCGCGAGCUGCAGGAGUCGCUGCUGAGGAGCCGCUCCUUCUACGCGGACCUGGCCGACGUGCUGUGUGCGGACGAGGGCUUCGCGUCCAAGAACUCGCAGCCCUGUUGGAACGGCCAGCGAGUCGGAGAGUACACCAAGACGGUAGUGGCCGCGUCGGUGAGCGCGCAGCGCUACAACCCCGAGCUGCCGUGGGGGUCGCACGGCGCCACCGAGGCCAUCCCGCACCUAGGCGACCAGCUUCGCCACCUGCGGCAGCUGGUGCUGAGCCAGCUGGCCGAGCUGGCCACGGUGCCGGAGUCGGACUCGUUCGUCCGCGACGAGGAGGGCUACGAGGCCGAGGCAGAGGGCAGCGCUGCUGGCGGCGCGAGCGGCGCCGUGGGCCGCGGCCACUACGCGCCCGGCACCUGGAGCGACGACGAGGACCACGACAGCUGGAACGUGCCCUCCGAGGGCUCCGGCAUGGAGGGCUCCGGCGACGAAGGCCCGUCAGUCGAUGCCAACAAUGUGGACUCCAACAGCAACUGGACCACGGACGGUGGGCACGCCGGGUCGAAGCAGUCCUCGUCUCCCGGCAGAGGGGCGGAGGCCGGCAAGGACAAGGCUAGCGGGGCCGGCCACCUGCAGCUGUCUGCCUGCACAGUCGUCUUAUGGAUGUUCUCGACGAGAGUGCUCAGGCUAGCCGCACUGUAGUCUAGGACUACCAUCCAGUGCUUGGAUUGAACCCUCCCGCGUGGAAGUCAGUUUAAAUGGGUGUGUUCUGUGUAUGUGAUUGUUUGUAUGUUUGUGUGUGUGUCCGUGUGUGAGUGAGUGUCCGUGUGUAUUUAGAGAGGAAUGAAUUGAAUGAAUGAAUGAAUGGUGCAGACGAAGGUCGAGCUAAUGUUAUAUUGUAUUGCAAUGAUGGUAUUGUGGCCAAGUGUUGUUUCUUGGCUCAUUUGGUACUUCCAGAGCAGCCAAGUGUCAAUUAAGGGCAAGCUGUGGGUGUGAGUUUGACAUGUUUUUAAAAUGCAAUGUCUCUAUCGUACAAUACUGUACAAAUGCAACAAAUUGCACUCCCUUUUAUGUUUUAUUUGUCAAAAUAGUCACAAAAUCUUACGCACCUCUAGAAAUGCAUGUAGUUUGAUGUAAUGCCUCCGGCGCCGUGUUGUCUUUUUGGUGGUUGUUGUUGGUUUUCAAGAAAAUUCAAAUUUAAUACCAGUUUUAUUUAUGUGAAUGGUCUCUUCUUCAUCUCUAAUGCUUGUCUUAAUCUUGAGAGCCUUGGUUGCCAUGUUAGUAUUUCUGACAAGAACUGAGUUCAACUGAGCCUUUUACAGACAUUAAAAAGUCUGAAAUGUGAAUGAUACUUAGCAGUUGUUAAUGUUGAUAAUUAGUCAGUGUUUAUGCUGUGAUUAAGUGCUGUAGAUUAUGUUUAUGCAUAUGUUCAUUUUAAAUAUUUGGUUGAGAUUCAAGUGUAAUUUAUUUAUAACCAAACCGAAUUUGGUUGCAUUAAUUUUUCUAUUCAGUUGAUAAAUUGAACAUUUCAAAGCAAGUAUGGAUAUGUCUUAUACUGCCAGGAUCAUAUCACAAUUCAUAAACUUUCAUUCAAAUAAGAUUGGAUUUAUUUCAGUUGUUCUGUAGAAGGGCCAAUUCAAGAGCAAAGGUAUAGUUUCACAAUUUUUAAAUUUCUAGUCCUGCCUAUGUGAACUCCUGUUUUGAGCCUUCAAAAUUCAGAAGUAUCUUGUUGCUUAAAUUAUUCUAUAAGAAAACGUUAUUGACACAAUUUAGUUGUUUUAAACUGUCUGAAAUUUAGAUUGCACCACUCUCAAAUUUCAUUUUUGUCUGGUGGCUGUCUCUUUAUCACCUGUGAUAACAAGUGGAUAAGUUUAUCAAAAUCAUCAAAUGUGUAUGAGAUUUGAGUAUAUGAUAUUUUUCUAGGACUAUAAAUGUUUGUGCCAUAUAUGAUAUACAUGUAUAUUUGC